AUGGAGGUCUCAAGUAACACAGACGCCGUGAAUCUGGGCGUAGGUGAAGUAGAAGCAGAAAUUGGUGAGGAACUUAAACAACUGGAAGAAGUAAAAGAUUACGAUACUCGUAGCGAAGUUUCUAGUUCAUCUUCUAGCGAUUCCAGCACUCCGAGCAUUAGUUCUGUCAGUUCCAAGUCAAAAGAUAGACGUAAUCGUAAACGUGCAAAAUCUAAAAGCAAUUCUCCUGCACAAUGUAAACGACUACGUAGUGCAGCUGCUAACAAAAUAAAAAUAUAUGAUUAUAUGACGAAAUUGAAUUAUUUGUUCAGAGACACACGGUUCUUUUUAAUCAAAUCCAACAAUGCAGAAAAUAUUACGUUGUCGAAAGCGAAGGGAGUUUGGUCUACAUUACCCCAAAAUGAAGCUAAUUUGAAUCAAGCUUACCGCGAGUCACGAAAUGUUCUUCUGAUAUUUUCAGUAAAAGAGAGUGGUAAAUUUGCAGGUUUUGCUAGAUUAGCAAGUGAGUCUCGCCAUGAUGGCCCACCUAUAUCAUGGGUGUUGCCUCCAGGGCUCUCUGCAAAAGUUUUGGAUGGAGUCUUUAAAGUUGAUUGGAUAUGCAGAAAGGAAUUGUCAUUCAGCAGCACUCUUCAUUUGUACAACCCAUGGAAUGAAGGGAAACCUGUUAAAAUUGGCCGAGAUGGACAAGAAAUUGAACCUAAAGUUGCAGAAGAGUUAUGUCGACUAUUUCCUGAAGAUGAGGGAAUAGAAAUGACUCCAAUUUUGCGAAAAUCAAAAGAAGCAUCAAAAAAGGCUUAUUUAAAGAGUGGUGGAAAUUACAGGACUUAUAGAGCUCCUUUAUCCUCCAGGGGCUCAAAUUACCGGAAUCGCAUGGGUUCUUCAUCAAGGAGCAGAAGAAAAAUCUUUACAUCAACAAGAAAUCGUUUGGCCCCUGGUUCAUAUAAAAGAAGAUCACCAUCUCCAUACAUUCGAGAACGUCUACCAUCCUGGUUUACUCGUGGUAGAGAUACAUAUAACAGUACUAGUUCAGCUGCUGCAGAGGCCUAUGUUGCAGAAUACAUGAGAUCUAUGCAUCACCAAUUACCACCAUUACCUUAUGUACCCCCACCUGGAUUUAGUGGUGCGUUACCGAGUUAUGACGGACUGCCACCACCACCACCACCGCCACCACGAUACUAUGACUUGGCUGAUUAUCCUCGUUCUGUGCUUGUGUAUGAUAAAAGAUCCUAUGAACGCUCUGUUGAUGAGUUUUUGUGGCGCACUUCAGAUCGUUCUCGUAAUCGCAGCCGUGACCGUGAAUCCCACAGAUCUUACAGAGAUAGACGAUGA